UUUGCCUCAGAGUUGAGAGGACAGUGUUUUCGGCGGCAUUUUCUGGCUACGUUGGCAGAGUUUUUGUUAACACGUUUUUCGUGGUCAAGGCUGUUGGAAUUUUGAUUUUUCUUCGGCUGGGCUAGAAUUGCUGCGGAGAAAUUCCUGGGUGGUUCAUUCGGAAUAGCGAAAAGGGGAAGAUCUAACACACUAAGCCUGCGUUCGUCUAAGGCAUUCCACCCGCGAUGCUGCUGAAGUCGUCGAUUUGAAGGAGAGCACUGGAAGAAACGUCAUCCGUGUCUUCAGGGGAGAAGGCAUGAACGCUGUUCACCGAUGUGAUGGAAACAACAGGGAGAAGCUGACUCCCGAUGUCCAGCAGCGGGUUGAAGAAACCGCUGAACGACAUUCCGAAGACAAUGGUGGAGCAGUUACAUCAGCGGCUGAGCGAGAUCGGGAUCUAUCCAUCAUUAUCUACUCUUUUCAACGUUCUCAGUAGGUUAAGGAUAGCGCUCAAGAAUUACCACGAGUUAGACCGCAUCAACAGUGCCACGACCUUCCCGGGGCGGCAAGUUUACGCUCUUGACUUCUCUUUACGUUCACUAAAUGACAAACAAACAUACAUCUUCAUAGAUGAGAGCGAGUUCCAUCUUCACAUGCGACGGACUCUAGCUGGCUCAAGAGCAGGGACGCGAGCGAACGUCGUCUUGCCUACAGUCAGAAGCCGAAUGGUGACGCUGAUUUCGGCACUGUACAACCAAGUCCUCGUCCACUCAAAAAUCAUCAGCGAUUGUACUUGCAAUGGUGCAAAUUUUUCCACGUUUGUCGGGGAACUUGUACAGCGUAUACGCUGCAGAUUGGAGAUGCACGGUGGAUGGCCAACCAUGGCCAACACCAAGAUGCACAUACCGGUUGAUCUAAGGAGGAUAUUGUGCUCAUCCUAUCUGCUUAAGUUCCUCUCGCCUUACUCGUAUAUACUAAACCCAGUAGAACAUUUGUUUUCGAAGGUGAUAGCAUCAGCGAGACGCUUGUUUGCCAAUCCGACGCCUAACCAGAUGGUCAUUCAAGAGAGUAAUGGAACGGUAACGAAACUGGACUGCAUGAACUCCGUCCUCAAUAUGACGCUGGGCCUGACAAAAGCAUCCCAUGGACAGCCAUUCAUUAACUGAAGGUUUUUAACGUUAAUGCUCCCUUUCUUUUCAAUACAACAUUUUCCUUUUAAA